GACCAGCUGUCAAUCUUAGAUGUCAUUUGUCAGUUCGACGUGUUGGUGUAGAUUUUCUGCGUCUCGGGGUUUUCGUGAUCGUUUUAUUUGGAAAAGAACGGAGUGAAAGCCGUAAAAAAUGGCUCAACCAAUUGAAAUCCCUUUACGGGAUACUGACGAGGUCAUCGAGCUCGACCCGGAGCAAUUGCCGGAAUUUUCGGAGGUUAUAGGCAUCCUGCGCCAGGAACAUGCCCAACUCAACACUUGGGUGAAUGUGGCGUUGGCCUACUACAAGCAAGGGAAGACCAGCGAUUUUGUCAGGAUCCUCGAAGCAGCUCGAAUUGAGGGCAACAUCGAAUAUCGCGACUAUGAAAAGGACCAAAUGCGAACGUACGACAUGCUCGCGGCGUACUACGUCCAGGAGGCGAAUAAGGAAAAGUCGAAGGAUAAGAAGCGGGAACUCUUCAUGAAGGCGACGAACCUGUACACCACCGCAGAUAAAAUCAUCAUGUAUGAUCAGAACCAUCUUUUGGGCAGAGCUUACUUCUGCCUAUUGGAAGGGGACAAGAUGGAGCAAGCGGAUGCCCAGUUCAAUUUCGUUUUGAAUCAGUCGCCGUCGAACAUUCCCUCGCUGCUGGGCAAAGCGUGCAUUGCAUUUAACAAGAAGGACUACAGGGGCGCGCUGGCCUUCUACAAAAAGGCGCUACGCACAAACUCAAAUUGUCCAGCGGCAGUACGCCUGGGCAUGGGCCACUGUUUCCUGAAGAUGAACAACCCAGAGAAGGCAAAACUUGCUUUUCAGCGCGCUCUCGAUCUGGAUCCGAAUUGUGUCGGCGCACUUGUAGGCCUUGCUAUACUCAAAUUGAAUCUACACGAACCUGAGUCCAACAGAAUUGGCGUUCAAAUGCUUUCGAAAGCGUACACCAUCGAUUCGACGAAUCCAAUGGUCCUGAACCACUUAGCAAACCAUUUCUUCUUCAAGAAAGACUACCAGAAGGUGCAGCAUCUCGCGUUACAUGCGUUCCACAACACUGAGAACGAAGCGAUGCGCGCCGAGAGCUGCUACCAACUGGCACGGUCGUUUCACGUGCAACGAGAUUACGACCAGGCCUUCCAGUACUACUAUCAGUCAACACAGAUCGCACCGCCAAACUUUGUCCUGCCGCAUUUCGGCUUGGGACAGAUGUACAUAUACCGUGGGGACGCAGAAAAUGCAGCCCAGUGCUUUGAAAAAGUUCUGAAAGUGCAACCCGGAAACUAUGAAACAAUGAAGAUCCUUGGGUCGCUUUACGCGAACUCGACUUCACAAACCAAACGCGACAUGGCAAAAACCCACCUCAAAAAAGUCACAGAGCAAUUCCCCGACGACGUAGAGGCGUGGAUUGAACUCGCCCAGAUCCUUGAGCAAAAUGACCUGCAAGGAUCGCUAAAUGCCUAUGCGACCGCCACAAACAUCCUCCAAGAAAAAGUGAAAGCUGACAUUCCACCUGAAAUUCUAAACAACGUAGCGGCGCUACAUUAUCGGCUCAAUAACUUAGAGAAAGCCAAAGCCAAAUUGGAGGAGGCUUUGGACAGAGCAAAACAAGAAGCCCAGCACGACUCACAGUACUACGACUCGAUCUCCGUCACGAUGACUUACAAUCUAGCUCGCCUGAACGAAGCCAUGUGCUCCUUCGACGUGGCUGACAAGUACUACAAGGACAUUUUGACCGAACAUCCCAACUACAUCGACUGCUAUCUGCGGUUAGGCUGCAUGGCGCGUGACAAAGGUUUGAUUUUCGUAGCGUCUGAUUUCUUCAAAGAUGCGCUCCGUAUAAACACCGAGAACCCAGACACCAGGUCUCUGCUGGGCAACUUGCAUUUAGCCAAAAUGCAGUACCUCCUGGGUCAGAAGAAUUUCGAAACAAUUUUGAAAAAUUCGGCCACGUCAACGGACGCGUAUUCGCUGAUUGCACUGGGCAAUUUCUGGUUGCAAACUCUCCACCAACCCACAAAGGACAAGGAGAAAGAGAAGAAGCACCAAGAGAAAGCUUUGCAAAUUUACAAACAAGUGCUCCGCAACGACCCCAGAAAUAUCUGGGCGACAAAUGGCAUCGGAGCAGUUCUCGCUCACAAGGGUUGCAUCAUCGAAGCGCGCGACAUUUUCGCACAAGUUCGCGAAGCCACAGCCGAUUUCUGUGAUGUUUGGCUGAACAUUGCGCACAUUUACGUCGAGCAGAAGCAAUACAUCGGUGCCAUUCAAAUGUACGAGAACUGCCUGAAAAAGUUCUACAAACACCACAAUGUGGAAAUCAUGCAAUACUUGGCGCGUGCUUAUCUUCGUGCCGGAAAGCUGAAGGAAGCGAAAAUGACGCUUCUGAAGGCGAGACGAGUGGCGCCACAGGACACUCUGUUGUUGUAUAACAUCGCGCUCGUUCUCCAGCGUUUGGCGAUGGCAAUUCUAAAAGACGAGAAAUCAACGCUGACAGUCGUUCUACAAGCUGUGCAUGAACUUGGACUGGCCCAUAAGUACUUCCAAUAUUUGUCGGUGAACGGCGACAAGACACGUUAUAACAUUGAGCUAGCGGCCAUGGAAGCUAAUCAGUGCCAAGAUCUUCUGUCUCAGGCUCAGUAUCACGUGUCCCGCGCUCGGCGAAUUGAUGAAGAGGAGAAAAGCUUGCGUCGUAAACAAGAGGAGGAGCGUGCUGCAUUCAAGCGGAAACAGGAGGAAGAGCGUAGGAAAUUAGAAGAAGAGAAGCAUAAAUCCAAGGAAGUUAUGCUGCAGAAGCGACAAGAGUACGUCGAGAAAACGAAGAACGCAUUGCUCUUCAGUGAACCGCCUCCGGACAAGAAGAAAGGCGGACGUGGUCGCAAAGAUGAGUACGUUUCAGAUUCUGGUAGCGAAGGUAGACCGCGUGGCGAUGAUGUUGAACGCCCCAAGAAGAAACCUAAGUUGGACAAAAAGGAGCGCAAGGGUAAAGGUGGCCGCAAACGUCGUGAGAAACGCUCAGACGAUAGUGACUCUGACGGUCCUCCUGAGAAGAAAUCGCGCAAACAAAAGGGCGAGAAGAAAGGCAGAAAAGCAAAGGCGAAGCCUGAGAAGCCUACUAAAGUCAAUAGCAGAAUCGUAUCGAAAGCCACAAUUUCAACUAGCGAGUCAGAGAGUGAUGACGGUGAAAAAGGACGCGGUCGUCAAAAGAGGGUCGCAUCAAACGACGAGAGAUCUUCACGUUCCAGAUCGCGCUCUAGAUCCAGUGCGAACUCUCGCUCAGUAUCGCGGUCCAGAUCAAGAUCGAGGAGUUCGUCGCGAUCACGAUCUCCGUCACGCAGUCGAUCGCGUUCUCCUAGCCAACGAUCGGGAUCCAGAUCGCCAAGUCGCUCACGAUCUAGGUCGGUCUCCAAAUCAAGGUCCAGAUCACCAUCGGGAUCGCGAUCCAGAUCACGUUCAAAAUCUCCCUCACGCUCGAGAUCACGAUCUGCUUCGGGGUCACGAUCACGUUCACCUUCAGGUUCUAGGUCUCGUUCAGGUUCCCGAUCACGGUCACGAUCUGGUUCUCGGUCUAGAUCGCCAUCUAGGUCACCUAGUCCUAAGUAAACGUUUCCAUUUCGUUUAAUAGCAUGUAUUCAAUAUAGCAUAUGGUUCAUUGAUCUUGAAGUAAAUAAAUGUCUUAAAAAGUU